AUCUCUCUCUCUUUAGUCCCCCGUCUUGCGCUUCCCUUGUUCUCUCUCUCUCUCUCUCUCUCUCUCUCUCUCUCUCUCAUCAAAGAAUUUGAAGAUGUUUCGAUUGAGCAACAACCUGGUCGGUAUACUAAACUUCGUUACAUUCCUCCUCUCAAUCCCCAUCGUCUGGGCUGGAGUAUGGCUGAACCACCACGGCGCAUCUGAGUGCGAGAAGUUCUUAACAAAGCCAGUCAUCAUUCUGGGUGUCUUCCUCAUGGUGGUCUCUCUGGCUGGACUCAUCGGCGCGUGCUGUCGCGUCUCGUUGCUUCUCUGGGUCUACCUCUUGGCUAUGUUCCUCCUCAUCGUCAUUCUCUUCUGUUUCACCAUCUUCGCAUUCGUGGUCACAAACAAGGGGGUUGGAGAGGUGGUGUCUGGGAAGGGGUAUAAGGAGUAUAGGCUCGGAGACUACUCGAAUUGGUUGCAGAAGAGGGUUAAUAGUACCAAGAAUUGGAACAAGAUCAAGAGUUGCUUGCAGGACAGUAAGGUUUGCAAGAGCUUGAUUGAUGAUGGGUCUAACACCACUGCCGAUGAAUUCUAUCUCGAGCACUUGUCCGCCAUUCAGUCGGGUUGCUGCAAGCCAUCAAAUGACUGCAAUUUCACCUAUGUUAGCCCAACCAACUGGACUCCCACAGGCAACACUCCAUAUAACAAUUCCGAUUGCAACCAGUGGAGCAGCGACCCAACCACACUGUGCUUCAACUGCCAAUCGUGCAAGGCUGGGCUUCUCGAUAACAUCAAGCAUGACUGGAAGAAAGUGGCCAUCGUCAACAUCAUAUUCCUUGUAUUCCUCAUCAUCGUAUACUCAAUUGGGUGUUGUGCCUUCAGGAACAACAGAGAGGACAACGCAUGGAAGGGGCACCCCUGAACUCAUUCCGAGUCAAUUUGAGUAGAUGUUAGGGCUUCUACUUUGACUUGUUCCCAUUUUAUGUAUUCUUUACUUUCUUGUAUAGCUGUCUAUGUUUCGACUUAUUCAGACCAUAUCAGCUAGCUUAUGGGUUCCUUUAUAUCUUGUAUGGAAGCUUUGGUUGCGAUAUACAGUAGUCAGCUUGUUCGUAUUGGUUCCUUUCUUGUAUAGCAUUGCAUGUAAUGACAUUUGGCAUCGUUACAUCAUAUCUGAAUAUCUGAUUUUUCGCAAUA